CAAAUAAACCAGAUUACGUAUAUUGGGCUGAACUGAAACAGAAGGAUCCAAUUAUCUUAUUUGUAUAUAGAGAAUACGUAUUUUUGUAUUAUACGUUUGGUUUCCCGAAAACAAAUAGUUUUCGAUGCAUUUAGUCUGUUUUGAUUUUGACUCUCUUCAAUAAAAAUUGAAGUGAACUGAGUCACAUUAAUUUCUCCCAUCAAUAUGAAUCCUUGUUGUUCUUCUAAUUCUACUUUAAUCCUUUUAGAUUCACGCCCUUCUUUCAAUUUCAAUAAACAUUCUCUUCUUAAUUCUCCUUCCGCUUUCCGAAUUCAACAUAAACCCAAUUUCAAUUUCAAUAAUAAUGCAAAAAUUUGCUGCAGAGCGGUGUUUUCCGAUGACGCCCCUUUCGCCGCCGCAAUCGGCGCUUGCAUGCUGACUUCUUUGGUUUUUCCGGUACCUGUUGCCACUGAAGAGGAGGAGGAAUCUGCUGUGACAUCAACGGAUGCAAGGUUGGCAGUUAUGGGGAUAAUUAGUUUCAUCCCUUAUUUUAAUUGGCUCAGUUGGGUUUUUGCGUGGCUUGAUACUGGCAAUCGACGUUAUGCUGUCUACUCACUUGUUUAUUUGGCUCCUUAUCUCAGGUCAAAUUUAUCACUAUCGCCCGAGGAAAGCUGGCUGCCUAUUGCUAGCAUUCUCUUCUGCAUUGUUCACAUUCAGCUGGAAGCAAGCAUCAGAAAUGGAGAUAUUCAGGGGUUUCAACUAUUUAGGAAUGUUAUGAAUAAGCAAACACCAAGCACGGCGAAGAAAGGCCGUUUGAAUCGGCAUCAAGAAAUGUCUGAGGGAAUCAAGAAUGAAAAAAUUAACUUACCAUCUGCCAAAGAACAAUCAAGAGACAUUGGGGGUUGGGAAGAUUCUCAAAGGCCUUUAGAAUACGAGAAACGCUUGAAUGAUGACAUAGAUGGUGAUGACAAAGAGAGGAGCAAGCACUAAACUAGGAGAUAGGUGCAUUUUCAGAUCAUCAACUGAACUUGAAGUUUCACACAAGUUUUUAUGCCUGAUGUUGGUACUGUAAAGUUGUCUGAUUAGUUUUGUGGGGUUUUAAUAAACCAUAGCUCAUUAUCUGAAUGUUGUUUUAUUUUGAUCAUAGAUUUUGUUUUCAACUCAUAUUUAUUUACCAGACUAUCAAAAAAGAAAAUCAUACUUAUUUACUAAUUACUAGACUCUA